CUUGGAUUCUCUAUGUUGGGGUAUAGUGGUGGUAGUAGUCGUAGUAGAAGUAGUAGUUUUGUUUUGUAUUAGUUUUGUUUAAUUAAAAGGUAUUAAGCAUGCCUAGAGAUAGGGACGCUCUUGUACUUGGUAGGAUUAUAGGAGAUGUUUUGGACCCUUUUACAAGGUCUAUAUCUCUCGAAGUGUUUUAUGGUAAUAUUGAGGUCAAUAAUGGUUGUGAGCUUAAACCUUCCCAAAUUGUCAACCAACCUCGAGUCGAUAUUGGUGGGGAAGACCUAAGGAACUUCUACACUUUAGUUAUGGUCGAUCCGGAUGCUCCUAGCCCCAGUAACCCCGACCAAAAGGAGUACUUGCAUUGGAUGGUGACCGAUAUUCCUGGAACUACUGGACCAACCUUUGGACAAGAGGUGGUGUGCUACGAGAGCCCACGGCCGACGGCGGGGAUUCAUCGAUGUGUGUUUGUGCUGUUCCAACAAUUGGGAAGGCAAACUGUGUUCGCGCCGGGGUGGCGUCAGAACUUCAACACCAAAGACUUUGCUGAGAUUUAUAACCUUGGUUUGCCUGUUGCUGCUCUUUAUUUCAACUGCCAGAGGGAGACUGGCUCUGGGGGCAGGAGGCACACAUAGAUCCCAUCCCAUCAUCACCUCCCCUCCUUUAUAAAUUCAUUAAUAUAAUAUAUAUAUAUACAUAUAUAUAUCUAUCGAAUAAGAUAUCUGUAAUGUUUGUAUCUUUAUUGUACAUAAUUCAGCUGGUACGUACCUUGCUAAUUAUAUACGUAAUAUGAGAUACAUUGGAAUAGCACUCACCUCUUAUCAUAUAUGUACAUGCUCAUGACCUUUAUCUUA